GCUUCAAUGAAAGCUGCCUGCUUGCAGUCUUAAAGGGACUGCAGGCAUUAGAACUGCUCCUUCCUCUGCUCCUGCUUGCAUUCCCUGGAGUAUUAAGCCAGGAAUACCACCAGGAAGAAUGGGGAGGUUAUAUGAUUGCCUUUCAAAGCAAGAGCAAGCCAUUAGUCUCUUGUGAAUCACUUUUCUCUGGGAACUGCCAGAGAGAAUCUAUUACACUCUUCCAAAGAGGCUGACACCAGGCUGAAUUCUGCACGGAGAUGAAUGAGAAUUGGGCUGCUUGAAUAAAGUUGUGGCUCCUAGUCGGAGACAAUGGUUUUGUCUGUCCCAGUGAUUGCUCUGGGUGCUACCUUGGGGACUGCCACCAGCAUCCUUGCUUUAUGUGGGUUGACCUGCUUGUGCAAAUAUAAGCGACAUGGAAAAGGACCCUCAGACAAGGAACAGGACCUGGACCCCGAAAAUGCCAAACCCAGUGUACUGCAGACAGUCCAGCAGUUCAGUGUUGAGAAGACAGCAGAACCUGUACAACCAAGGACAAUCCUAAAGUUUCCCCACAUCUAUGGUCCAAAACCAGUCGUGACUUCUUCAGAAAUUGUUAACUACGCAGACUACACCUUGAAGACAACAGAAGAGAUAACCAAGGGGAAACCUUCAGCUCUAGAUGAGAAAAGAAUAAACAUACGAGUCAAUGAAGAGUUAGUUCUCCCUCAAAAUGGUGGGAUGAAGGAUGUGUGUGUCACUGAACGUCUGAGUCCAGAAACAGCUGCUGGCGGCAACCAGGUCCCACAGAUUCGCUAUUCUCUUGGUUAUGACCCACAGAAAGAUGUGCUCUGUGUGGCUUUCCUUGAAGUUAUGUAUGAAACCACAGCAGGAGAUCAGAACAAUGGCUGUGACUACUACAUCCUGGGCACUUUGGUGAGUGGGUCUGGCAUGAGGGAGGCCCAGACUGUGCUGAAAAAGAAGCAGUCCCACAUCAUCUGGAAGGAAGCUCUGCUGUUCCCAUUAAGGAAGGAGGAGUUAUCGGAGGGUGUGCUGACCCUCACCUUGAGAAACUGUGACAAGUUCUCCAGGCACAGCAUUGUUGGAGAAACUAAACCAAGUCUGGCUAAUGUGGGGGAGCCAUAUGGAACAGUUCAGUGGGAGAAGCUGAAAACACCUGACAAGGAGCCUGAUGCAGGCUAUGGGGAAGUUCUCCUUUCUAUCAGCUACUUGCCUGCAGCAAACCGGCUGCUUGUGGUACUCAUAAAAGCCAAGAAUCUUCACUCCAAACAGCUGAAAGAGCUUCUUGGGAAGGAUAUAUCUGUGAAAGUGAUUCUAAAGCACCAGUCCCUGAAGCUGAAAAAGAAGCAAACAAAGCGUGCCAAACACAAGAUCAACCCAGUCUGGAAUGAGAUGAUUAUGUUUGAGGUGCCCCAUGAUCUGCUGUGUGCCUCCAGUGUGGAGCUGGAGAUGCUAAGCCAGGAUGGUGAUGGGCAGAACCACUUACUGGGCAAGUGCAGUCUUGGCUUGCAUGCCACUGGCACGGAGAAGAACCACUGGGAAGAGAUGCUGAGGAACCCCAGGAGGCAGAUAGCUAUGUGGCACCAACUUCAUAUGUAGCAGUGGAGGUCGAGGUGGAGCUCAAUCCAUGUUGAGUGGACUGGCCUCAUGGAAUCCUGGAGGAAUGGGCCCAUCC